GUGAAGAACUGCUGACCCCAACCACAAGAUGUAUGUGAAAACCAAUCCUGCCAUUUUGAAACAGAACCUCACCAAAGCUCUUGCCCAUAUCACAGGGGGUGGCCUGAUGAAAACAUCCCCCGAAUCCUAAACAACAGUGUAAGGGUUGAAAUAGAUGCCACCGCAUGGACUAUGCCUGCUGUCUUCCCUUGGCUCUGUGCUACAGGUAGAAUCAGUGAGCCUCAGAUGCUCAGAACGUUCAACUGUGGUAUUGGAAUGGUGGUCAUCUGCUCUCCUGAAAACAAGCAACAAAUUCUGGAUCUGAUCCCUGGAUCAACUGUUAUAGGAACUGUUCACAAAAGAGACAGAAAAGAUGAACCUCAAGUGAAAGUAUUGAACUAUGGGCAAGUCAUGGAGCCUCUGAUGCUCCCUUAUAUAAAACCUGUUAUCACCAAAUUGAUGUCGAAAAAAAGACUGGCUGUUCUUAUAUCAGGAAACGGGUCUAAUUUACAAGCUCUAAUCGACGCCACUAAAGGCAGCACGGUUGCGGAGAUAGUUCUGGUGAUUUCUAACAAGGAUAACGUUAUGGGGCUGGAACGAGCUAAACGAGCUAAUAUUCCUAGCAAGGUAAGAAGCUAA